AUUGAGAAGCAGAAACAGGAGCCGACUGAUUUGAAACAGCAAGCACAAAAAGAUAAGAAGAUGGCAGACUAUUAUGCCCAACGAAUAAAACAACUGGAAGAGAAAUGUCACAAAAAAGUUAGAGAAAUUGGCCAAAUUAAAUUAGAACUGAAAUUAAUAAGGGAGUUCUACAGGGAACAAGUGGCUAUGGAGAAAAAGCUGGAAGAUAAAAGACCAGAAGAAAAAGUUGAGAAAAAGCAAACGAUGGCAGAGAUUGCCCAGCGUGAGACUUACUUCCAGCUGCCCAGCACCGAGAGAGAGGUGUUUAAGGAGGAUGUUUGUCUGCACAAUGCAUUUGCUUACCAGCUGAAAGGGACAGUGGAAUUGGAGAAAAUCAAACAGAAGUUAGAAGAGGACAAAAGUCUUCUGUUACAGAAGAAGGAAACCACUGAGGGUUUGAUACAAAAAACGAUCCUACAGGUCAGUCGCCAGAAAGCACAGAUUGGAGAUCUGCAGCGUAAAGUAGAAAAGCUGGAGAUGGACUUACGUCGCAUGACUACAGAAUCUGAGAGAAAGACUCAGAAAAUACAGCAUCAGGUGCUGAUACAAAACCAGGCAAGCAUGGUGGAGAUCAAGAAGCUGCAGCAACUACUAGAAAUGAAGGAUCGGGAGAUGAACCGAGUUAAGAAACUAGCCCGGAAUAUCUUAAAUGAGAGGACUGAGGUGGAAAGGUUCUUCCUAGAUGCUCUGGAACAUGUGAAGCAGGAGAUCAUAACCAGUAGAAAGCAGUAUAAGAAAAAGGCCCAAACUGCCUAUUACAGAAAAAUGAUGGAGGCAUGUGCAGGGAAGGAAGCAUUUCCCAAAAUUAAAACAUUCAAAAGCAACAUAAAUAGCACAAAUUGUGUGUACAGAGACCUAGAGGAAGCAAAGAAAUGCUACUGGGAAAAAAUGCAAUUUGAAAAAGUGGAUAUCAGUGAGUUGACGUGGGAACAAAAAGAACUUGUUCUGCGACUGCUUUUUGCCAAAAUGAAUGGCACAAAUCCAUGGCAAUACCCCAGAGUUUUCGCUACUUCAGCUCCAGCUGCUGCUGAUACUAAAGAAGAAAGCAAAACUGG